AUGCAUGAAGAUGGAAAACAGAAAAGGAAAAAUUCAAAAGACGGAAACGCUCCAAAAGAAGUUAGACCCAAAGGCACAAUAACUCAUUACUUCAACGUCCUCCACGACCUCGAGGCAUUGGCCUCACACCACAAUGAUCCAAAAAGUCGCAUAUCUCCCUGUAAAAGUGAGCAUAAUGGUAAUGAUUAUUACCUAGACCUUGAGCUAAAGAACCCUAGAAGUGAAAAAGUGUGGAAUACUGUCUACCUGAAUUCCAAUUUUUGCAUAGUUCUUGCGUUUCCCAUUCUUGUACCAUUGGUCCAAAAUAUUGUCAAUAGUCUUGAACAUUACAUGCCAUUACUAGGUUCACCAAAAGUCCCUAAAGAACCCAACUUGGUUUUUGCAACCCUCCUCCUUUGUCCGGGCUGGGGACCGGCUGUGUUUAUACCAAAUGAGACACAGGCGGAGUUAAUUGCCAAAAUCACAGAAGUCAUCCAUCAUGUCUUUAAACAUUGUCUCUCUCGAUGA